CCUUUGGCGACAGCAGAAGAAGUUUCGAAGCCGGCAACGCGAUCGACGAACACCGACGAGCAAGGCUGAACUGCAGGCGACCGCAAGACACGAUGUCGACGGAACAAGGAUUCAUCCCGUGCAAUGGCCACUGCGACUGCAAGGCCGUCACCUACGAAGUCCUGGCCCCGUUCCUCUGCAUCCACUGUUGCCAUUGCACGUGGUGCCAGCGGGAGUCCGGGGGCGCCUUCGCUCUGAACGCGAUCAUCGAGAGCAGCAACUUCCGCCUCACCUCUUCCACCAAGCCGAAGCAUGUCCCGACCCCGACGCCGUCCGGCGAAGGGCAAGUCAUCGCGAGGUGUCCGGAGUGCUGGGUCGCGGUGUACGCGGACUACGGCGGCGACGGGACCUGGAUGAAAUAUGUCAAGCUGGGGACGAUCGACCAUGCGGAUCGUUCGCGGGCAGGGAUGAAGCCCGACGUCCAUAUCUUCACGUCGACGAAGCUAGACUGGGUGGACUUGACGGGUGAAAAGGAGAGAGGCGUACCGAUCUACGAGGGCUAUUAUCGGAGGUCGGAGGUCUGGUCGAAGGAGGCCAAUGCGCGAUUCGACAUUCUGAAAAGCAUCUCUACUGAUUUGAAUGCAUCCUGAUUUAGUGAUGAUUGAGCUGUUGUUGAACUGUCGGGAGAGGCGG